AUGCUUUCAAGUUUGCGCCUGAGGGUUGUCGCCUUGCUUCUGACUGUACUUAUUGUCGCUGCUUCGUCAGGCAAUGUAGGCGAACGCGAAGAUGAAGCCACUGCUGUGAACCCCGGUAAAAGGCCUCAAAUCCCAGUAUCUCUCACCACUAUUCCGACCUCACCACAGUACGAGUUCGACCCAGAUUUGUUGAGGUCUCUUCUGUCCGACCUCGAAUCAGAGCCUUCGAGUCAUGACACUACUACAUCGCAAACCACCGGACAACUUCAUCCUUGGCAGCCUUUCCAUGCUUCAGAGAAUGCGCCGGCACUGUGGCAUCAUGCGGACGGACCUUCAAGUCUUUCUCAGCCGGAACAACAUGGUUAUCGAUAUUUCACGCCAGACGAGCAUCAAGUAGGCAGCAGCCGGGCCCGGGACAGUGUUUCCGACCCAUACCAUCACUCAAAAACUGAGGAGUCAGCGUCCAAACGGACAAAAUCGCUGGAACGAGUCGCCGAUGCCGUCGGAAGUUUUCAGACAAGCACUAGGCCCGGAGAACCUCGAGUGCUCAGCAACAUCAUACAACAGUAUACUCAGGAAGAUGCGUCGCCGGAAAGCGAGAAACAGGCACUCACGCACGAUAUAGAGUAUACAUUUUCCACCCCGAACCGAGAAGGUCAAGGUCAAACCUUGCCUCCUAGCACUGAAUCUCCAUCCAGCGUCGACUUCUCUUCAGCCACAACGGAGGCACGAAAAGCCAAGAAGAAGUCACCAUCUUAUUCUGAGCCCACUACCUACCAAGAUAAUGGUUAUCGUCCAUCGUGGACCUCUUCUGUGCCCAACGAAUUAAGAAACAUCCCAACGACCGCCUCUCCUUCGCUCAGAAAUCCGGAUCAUCGCCAUGUUUACGAGCAAAUCGAUAACGAAAAUAUCCGGGAAAUCAUCAACAAUCAGGUAUUUGCUGGCAAGCUACAAUGGAUCGAUCGAAAGACGGUGCCAUACAAGAAGUUCCGGACUUACAGGACACGCUCGCUUCUCCCAACACGUGUACUUCCAAUGCCGGAUAUCCCCAAGAUACAGCUUCCGGAAGGCCAAGGAAGUAUAAAAAGUAUCAGGGUGACUUUUCAUGGUGGCGUCAACCAUGUGCAGGCGCCAUGGCCGGAAGGCCAUCCAUUGAAUGGGCAGAAAUACCUCACAUUCUGGGGUAUUUCAGAAGGAAAGCUUCCUCAUGCGCCCGGGCUGGUGCAGAACUACGGAAUCGCCUACCUGGAAAUGCGACACCAUCCUGAAGUCAACGAACGCUUAAGGUUAUUGAAGAAAAUGAUCGCUGAGAAAGCAAGUGAAGCAGCACAUCUGCAUGGCUAG